CCAAAUAUGGCUGUUUGGCUGCUGCCCACAUGGAGCAUCACUGCUGGGUCUGACUCCCCACACUCCCCUCCUCUCUCACACACACUGGGCUCCUCACUCUCUCAGCCAAUGGCGAGCCCGCAGCUCUGAGGGGUUACAGGAUCAUUUGCAGCCCACUGCACCCAGGGCUCCCAGUGCUUGUUAUAGCCCAGCACCCAGGCAGGGGUGGGAGAUGCCUACUUGGAAGUGAAGGAGAGAGAAGAAGUUCAACAUCAUCUACUGACUUCCUGCAUUGUGCCAGGACCCCCAAACUGCAAGUGUUGGACCCACUCCAGCUGCCGGAUCCCCCCUGCUAUGCUGUGCCCAACUUGCUGCUCCGGAGUGUAGGUGCCCUGUUUUGGACCAAGAAGCUGCCAGUUGCUGCGCAAUGAAUGCCACCAGAGAGAAGGUCCAGCUGGACAUGCCCAUUGGAGGUGCCCAGGCAGCGGGGGUGGUGGAAGCGGUGACCUGCGGUCUCCACGGAGAGAUGAUGGACAGCCAUGGGGAGCAGAGACUGACUGCCAGCGACCUGCCGGCCUAUGGGUGCCCAAGGGACAGACAAGGGGACCACCCGAACUGUAACGCACCUGCUGGGCCUGAGAGCUUGGGGGCUGCCCCGCUUGCGGUCCACAGAACCACGUCCUUCUCGGUGCUGGACAUCUUGGACCCUAACAAGUUCAACAGCAAACAGAGACACUGCUCUGGGGCAUACAAGCCCCCCGGCGAUUAUAUCCUGAGGGGAGAGGAAAAGGCGGAGGGUCCCGACAUAGCAACGGGCCAAAAGGCUUUCCUUGAAGAAUAUGAGUCCUGCAAAAAGUCCACUGAAGUUAUAAAGGAGGAGGGGCUGUACCAGCACUCGGCUACAGAGGACUGUCAGACCCAGGAGUUCAGCCCCAGCCCGGGCAGUGACCUGGAGGAAGAGGAGGAUGAAGAGGAAGAUGAAGAGAUCUGCAGUGAGGAGAGCAGCAAUUCCACCCCUUCAGGUCUGGCAGAGAGGGACCCAGGGGCCGGGAAUGGCCAGGGUGAGGAUGCCCUGAAUACUGGGGCCCCUGCCGGGUCCAACCAACAGCAACCCACUGGGAAGAACCAACAGCAGCAGAACCAGCACGGGAAGCCCAAAAGGAAGCGCACCGGGUCGGACUCCAAGUCGGGGAAGCCCCGGAGAGCCCGCACCGCAUUCACCUACGAACAGCUGGUGGCGCUAGAGAACAAGUUCAAGUCGACCCGGUACCUGUCGGUGUGUGAGAGGCUCAACCUGGCUCUGUCCCUCAGUCUCACCGAGACCCAAGUUAAAAUCUGGUUCCAGAACCGGCGCACUAAGUGGAAGAAGCAGAACCCUGGGGCUGACACUAGCGCCCCCACUGGGGGGUCCGGCCAUGGGGGAGGUGGGUCUGGAUCUGUGUUGGGAGGGGGUCUCAGCCCUCUUAGCCACUCGCCCCCCAUGGGAAACCCAAUGGCCUUGCAUGGCCACCAUGGCUACCCCAGCCAUGCCCCCGGGGGGUUAAUGUGCACUGCCCAACUGCCCUUCCUGCCGGGUCCGGCCGCUGUACUGUCCCCCUUUGUCCUGAGCUCCCAGUCCUAUGGGGCCCCAGCAUUCUAUGCCCCUCACUUAUAAUGACUGGGACCGGGCUACAGACUGGAACUUGGCACAAUGGACCACUAGGUGGCAACGUUACGCCCAUGGGACUUCAUCAGGACUGCAGGGCCACAGCUGAACCCACUUAAUGUGCCUGGGUAACUGGUGACCCCCCCCCCCCAAAACCUGGACCCAUAUCAGUGUAAAGGUAAAGCCAUGGGCCCCGAUGUUGCUCUUAACUAAUUACAUUCCCGCAGCCCAACAGAAAUGGUUACACUCUAUUUAACCCUUUCAGAGUCUGAGAACUGAUACACCUGGCAUUCACGGGGUUAAAUGAAAGCACUUUAUUGCCCGGUUUGAGCCAGGAUCGGUAGAUAAAUACAUGUAUCAGUUACAUAGGGUCAAGCAGAAACAGCCUGCACCCCCCGCAAUCUUUGGGUUUAUUCCCCUUAACAAAGGGAUCCCCUAUUAAUGAAACCCCCAACACUCACAGCUACAAGGCUACUGUUUGUCUAUUGAGUCGCUCUCUCUAUAUAUAAAAUAUAAAGCAAAACGCGCAGUUAAACGAAUCUGAAGGCGAAAUGUGCGCAAAGUAGCGACUUCCGCGAAAAAACGCAGAAAAGGACGCAGAGAAAUACUGUACCUUCAUAAUUCGUUACAACCCUGUAAAAUAACAGGCAGGACCCAUAGGCCACCGACUUGCAAGGAUUUAUGGGUUUGUCCCCCCCCCCC